AUGGCUCCUCAAAAUUAUAAGCCGGUAACUCAUGUAAUUUUCGAUAUGGAUGGUCUUCUACUUGAUGAAGAAAUGCCAGGUCCAGAGACAAUUCUUAAACCACCAACAUCAGCCUCUCAAUCAAUACAGCAGCAAUUAAAUCUUGAUCGACAGCUAGGAAAGUCAUAUGAACUGUCAUAUAGUAAUGAUUGGCAGAAUUAUUUUAGUAAUUGUUGUUUUGGGUUAUUUACAAGUUUGUUUCCAAUUUACUCUUUAGGUGUUGAUAGGAUUGUUCGACACCUUCACAAACACAGGAUUCCUAUUGCUAUUGCAACAAGUUCCAAGAAGAGUAGUUUUGACCUAAAAACAAAGCACCACCAAGAAUUUUUUGAUUUGUUUCAUCAUAUUGUGCUUGGAAGUGAAGACUCGCUAGUUACAAAAAGUAAACCUGCUCCCGAUAUAUUUCUUGCAUGUGCAUCACGUUUUCAUGAUGCACCUUCACCAGAGAAGGUUCUUGUUUUUGAAGAUGCUCCAAAUGGAGUGGAAGCUGCUAUUGCUGCUGGAAUGCAGGUAAUCAUGAUUCCUGAUCCACGAAUAGACCCUGAGCUGUCUGCAAAAGCAACUUUGAGCCUAAUGUCUAUGGAAGAGUUUCAGCCUGAAUUGUUUGGAUUGCCCAAACUGUCCUAGCAUUUUAGUGAUGAAGAACAAAUGAAUGUUAAAAUUAUUAUUCACUCUUUUGUGUACUAAGUACACUCUUCAAACAAACUAUAAGGUAUU